ACACCUGGAAAUAAAUGAAAAACUGGUUCAUGAUUUCCAGUAUUAUAUUAAGCUAGUAGACCAUUCAAUGGCGGCUUUUGUGAGGACAACAAAUUCAUUAAGGGAAUCUUUUGCAACUGUCAAACAACAUGUUAAUGAGGGGAACGGCGAUUCUAGUGUGAAUGAUGCAGACGGAGGCGAAGAAUUUGGUCAUGCACCAAAACAUAUGACAAUACUGGAAACAAUAGAUGACGCCCUCUCAGAUCAAAGCUUUAUCAUAGUGGAUUCGCUGACUAGACUCCUCAACUUUAUCAUAGAAACUGGAAAAAGGUGCAAUGCUAUUAUACCAGACGAUGCACUGCUGUUCAUUAACAAAUACAAGUCAAAGUCGGAAACCUUUGCAGAUGCAUUAGACAAAGAAAUGCAGUAUCAUGAUGCAGUAAUCGAAUCAUUGCAAAAGAAGUUGAAAAGAGUUACCGAAGAACAAAGAAUGGCCAAAAAGGAGAUAGACAAUUUGACUGAACGAGAAGCGUCAUAUCUUGAGGAAAAACAACGUUUAUAUAACAAAAUACAUGACCUCGAAACAAAUUCUUCGAACCUAAAAGUGAAACUUGAAAACAUUAGAAAAGACAAAAAUGUAUUGGAAACAAAGAAUGAGAAAUUAGAAAAAAAGGUCAAUGACCUGAUACGUCGAAAUGAGGAUGCAGAACGCGAUAUAAAUAUUGGACAGUCCAACUUUGAAAUGCUCGGUAAUACAUUACAAUCUGAAAAAGAUGAAUGCUUAAGGAAAGUCAAUGCAUCUCGCAAAGAAAAGGAAGAACUACAAAAAAUACUUAUUGAUUAG